AGUGUGUACGAGGCGUCCCGACGCCCAAUAUCGCGCAAGAUCACCAAAUAGUCGUGAAAACGCUAUCAUGAAUUCAGUUAAACGAGCCGAUAAAAAUUAGAAUUGUUCAAAGAGGAAAACGGAGAAGAGUGCUCGGCAUUUGCUAUACUGAAAAAUGUGCGUGUGAUUUCGUUAAUUAAUUAAAAACAUUAAAAUUCUUCACAGCUUUGAUAGUUUAAUAUAUUUUGACGAAUCUAGUACAUUAUAUUCACAGGAAGUGCUUGAUUGAUACGUAAAUAUUAAAGUAUAUUUCGUUCAAGAUAUACGUUAAAACAAAUUAAUAUUUUGGUGAGAAAAAUUUAUGUUUCAUAAUUAUUCAUAUGAAAUCAAAUUUUACUAUAAUUUGUACCUUAUUUCAUUUGAAUCAAUACUGAAGCCGAGCUAAAGGGCCAACCAAUUUUAUAAUAUUUCCACAAUUUUGUCUUUAAUCUCUCAGUAAAUUUCAUUAUAAUGAUAAAUAAUCAUCAAAAAGCGAUCGAUUUCUGGAAAGAGGAUUCCGCUAGUAAGCCCUACAUAUGGCUGGUUGAGGUCGUGAUGUUAUCUACCCUUUAAUGACUUCUGUGACCAUUGUUCUAGGUUCUCGGUAUCUAAUAUUAACUUAAAGGCAGAUUCUGACGAGGAAAGGUUCAGAGGCGAGUAAAUCAUAUCCGAUUUGCAUUUACAUAAUCCGAUGUAGGACUGUGGUUACUGAUUUUCUCUAAAAGAAUUCACAUGCUUUUUCAACCCGUCGGAAGUGUAAGCUGGCAUUAUCAAUGAGCCCUUUUCCACCCUCUUUUCAGGUUAAUUUUGUUCUCAUAGUGGACAACUUUAAGUGGUAGUUGUCAUUCUUCGUUAACGUUGUUCGUGUUAACGUCUGAAUACCUUCUAGCUCUGUUUUCGUUCUAUUUCAGGAUUCUGAAAGUGUGAGUUAAUAAAAGCAUGGCGAAGGUGAUUUCCUCGACAAAAUUGUCGGCGUCUUUUUGUGCAUUGAUCCUAGAUUCUAACUUUUGCUUACUUGUGAUUCAAUAAACUGGCUUCCAGGUAUUUGUAGGUUUCCCCGUUUUCCAUUACCUGUACGAUAUCUCCAUUGGAUGGUUGUAUAUUUUCGUUUAUGACAAUACCCUUCUCGAUGUGUAGGGUCUUGCACUUAAACAGUUCAUACUCCAUAUGUAUAUCAAUAGAGAAUGCAUGUGUAUUUUUGAAUGGUGUUGCUUUUUUAAUUAUUAUCUCUUCAUGCGGAAUAUGUAUAUAUUUAUUGUAUUUUUCGACUGACGUUUAAUCAUUUAAAGAGCCUUAUAAAGAUCAAAUGAAAGAUCGAAACGUUGGCAUUUUAAAAAACUCUUGGACAGUUUUAUUUUGAGUCUUUAAUACCAUUCGAAAGUGGCCCUCAUCGGUAAGAAAUAUCUUUUUUAUAUACCAAUCCAAUGGCUAAAAAACGUUUGCUGGAUAUGAUCUUCCUUACUUUGAACUUCAAAACAACUAAUAGUCAUAUCUUCUUCAUUUUUUUUUUAAUCCACAAAAUUCUUCAUAUUCAUUAUUAAUUGUUUCUACUUUUAUUCAAUUAUAAUAAUGAUAAAAACAAAGAAUAUUCUCAGUUUUUCUGAUAAAAUGAUUUUUCGUUCCGAAUGAUAGUUAACAGUGUGUCAAAAAAUAUCGAUGAAUCGUCGGUUAUUUCAACGGCAACAUGUGUUACACGCACGCGCCUCCACAUAACUAUCCAGGGGUAUGUUAAGGAGCUCCAUCUAACACUAGGCGUUGUGGCUGCAAAAGUAAAACCUGCAUUGUAGUAAAUAGUAAACAUCAAGUUCUAUUUGAAAUUAGCAAAAAUGGCUAAUGACACUCGUAGAUUCUUUUCCUCGCUAGAAAGGAUGAGCCACGGUUGGAUUGGUCGUCGACAAAGAGAUCCGAAUACAUUCUUCUUGCGAAUUAUCAUCACGGAAAAUGAAACCUGGCGCUACCAGUUCGAUCCAGAUUCAAAACGGAAAUCAAUGCAAUGCAAUAUGAUUGUCAAAAAUCCAAUUCAUCGAUCAGGAAUUCAUUUCUUUGCCUGAAACCGUGAAACCCGCAUUUUAAGAAGAAGUUGUGAAACGGUUGCAACAAAACCUAGCAGUGGAUACUUAUCCAGAAUGACCCGCCUGCUCACUCUGCAAUCCUCGUGGCGUAACUGCUCUGGAUCAAUAACUAUAGUGCCCUGACCUGACGCAUACGGAAUUUCCGCGUGAAGAAGGAAAAAUCUGUCGGUUUUCGAAAGCUCUAUGAAUGUUUCCAAAGGAGAUUAUUUAGAAGGCUAGUGCACAUAAUUUUUUCGUAUCUUCUGUUUUGUUUCUUCCAUAAGAGCACUUUUUAGGCACACUUUGUAUAUUUUGAGACUUGAUCUCAUACAGUGAUAGAUUCUAGGAUUCUAUAUUCAAAUUAAUCUCUUUUCAUAUCCACUAAUUACCUUUUCCUGUGAAAUAAACGGCAACAAAUGAUAUCUCUAUCCGUUCCUAUCAAAUGUUAGAAUAUUUCAAUAUAAAUUUCUCAAUUACUCAUUUCUUAGACAUUUUGAUAUGUUUAUGCUUUUGAAUGUUCUUGAUUUUAGGUCUCUCCUGUUUUAAAAUUAGUUUUCUUAUCUAAUAAUUUUUUAAAGAAAAGAUAAAAAUUGACGUUUCGCCUUUGAUUUAAGUCUUUAUAAAAAUAUUAUUAUAUACAGACUUAAAUAAAAGUCGAAACGUCAAAUUUUAUCUUUAUUCCAAAAAUUUUAAAACAGAAGAGACCUAAAAUCAAGAACAUUUAAAAUCAUAAAAAUAUUUCAAUACAUUUAUAUGUAAACGUUUUUAUUUCCUCGCACUCUGAUCAUUCUAUAGAAAAAAUAGAAGCAAAAAUACUAUUUAUAAAGUCAGUUGUGUUUUAAAAGAUAAGAAUACAUCGAGUAAAGAGAGAUGAAAAUGUUUGAAACAUAGUUAAUAUUAAAAUUUAUCUAAAUAAAUGCAGAGAUAGAAUAACUUGAUACUUAUAUUUGCUCCUAGAAACUGAAAACGGCUGCAUAUUUUGCACAAUUUCAUCAUAAUUUGCUUUUUCUUGGUUAAUUAACAAAAAACUUGUCCAACUUCAUUUUCCGAAACAGUGAUAACUUUGUGAAAUGCCUUAUUUGUUGAAAUAUGUUCCAUCUUCAACCUGUCUCAUUCUGAGAUUAUGAAGUUUUUUACAAUAGUAUAUUUUAUAAAAAGUGUUGAAAAUGGAAGUUUCCGCAUAAGUUUGCAGAAUUCAGAUUCGAAGCACAUAAAAAACGCAGUUAGUGUUUAUUUUUCAAGUUACAAAAAAUUCCAUAAUUCUCUCGAAUUCGCUGUUACUUGUCAACGGUUCAAAAGUCAAAUUUAAAAAAAUGUCGAUAAUCAUGGAUUUUCUGUGCAAAAUAAAAACACACAGCCGUCGGCCAAUCAAAUUUCUCAAAUUUUCCAUUCCACACGGGUAUGCGUUCGUUUCUGUGUUGACAUUGUUUGCAAUUUAAAAUUUUCAAUAAGUGGAAACUGUAUGAAAUAUGUCUUAUUUUAUAGUGGUUAUCGGAAAAUGUAAUUAAAACAUACCCUUUCUUGUCCAAAGUUUUGACAAAUUGCUUUCUCCUUCCUACCUUAAUAUAUAAAGGUGGAAAUAUGAUUUGUUGACUUACUAGAAAAUAAACCAUUUUCGGAUCCACACAGAUCCAGAAUCCAUUGAUGCUCCGAGCAAUUAUUUUUCUUUUAGUUCUAUUGAAUGAACAAUUGGAAUUAAUGCAAAUUUAUUUCCAUUUUGCAGUGAAAUGCAUUUCAAACGCCUUUUCUAACCGUCAAUAGAAAGGCUCUACACUAUUUUUUAGCUCUUUCUAUUCGACAUAAAAUUGCUCAUGCAUCUCGUAGUAUGCAUGUUUGUUUUUAUUUCUUUUAUGUUGUUUCAUCUUUAGUUGAUGGUUUGGGAAUAUUUUUGCUUGGUCUUCUAUGGUUAUUGUUCCGUUGUUUUCUCCAAGCUAACGAGUAUGUUCCUUAUACAUUAUAUUUAUUUAUACAUCGUAAGUAGUUCUGAUUAUUUUUCACUGUCUAUUAUUUGCAUGAGUCCUUUACCAUCUUGUAUCCUCAUCGCAUAUAGCCUAUAUACUUUUGAUCUUCUGUGAAUUAGCUUGUAUGUUAUUGAUAGUUUUCUUGUCCAAUCGAUAAUUCUCAAGCUUCAAUUUGAAUUUAUAAACUUCUACACAAACAAGUUCACACUUGAUGGUCAUUUAUGUUCGACGGUCGCGUUCCAGCUUAUAGCUAAUGAAAGCAAGUAUCCAAGCACACACAGCAACAAUAAACAAAUUCAACCAUAACUAGGAUAGAAACAAUAUUAACAAAUCUAGGAAUUGCUAUAAACAAUUGAAACAAAUUACCAUGGUUCUACCAUGCAAAUUAUAUGUAUAAAUAGUAAUAUUAUUUUAUAGUUUUGUGUAAUGACAUUUCUAAUUAGUCCAAAUAGGGCCAUCCAAUUGAAUACUUAACGACGAUAGCAAGAGAGGAACUAUAAACAGUUUCCAAAGCAAACUUAAGAGUUUAUAACCCAACUUUAUUCUAAUAUGAGGAGGGUUGAGGUUUCCACUACCAAAAUUUUGAAUUUCCAAAUUAGCUUUGUUAGCAAAACUUUUCGGACGAUAAUGAUUGUAUGUCCCUUUUCUUUAUUUUUUUCAAUCAAUCAUGUACUAUUUUUAGUUUCUAGUAGGCCAAAAUAUUUGAAGAUUUUGCCACACUCUAGUUAUUUUUUAUCCUCCGUAACCUGAUUGAUCCUUUCUUCCUCCUUGCCCUCUUUAUAUUAUUAUUCUGGCACAUGUAUGGAUUCCAAAAUCGAUUUUAAUACUUUGUGUCAGCCAUUUAUGAUUGAAAUGAGUUGUUUCGUCCUUUGCACAUACUUUUACAUCGUCCAUAGUAUGAGGGAAUCAAAGUUAGAGCUAUAUAAAUAUUCUUUUACUGAUUCUUUAAGUUUUCUUGUCAGAGGAAACAUGGUCAUGCAAAAAAGAAAUUGCGACAGGAAGUGACCUUGAAAAAUGCUUUUUCUCUGACCGCUUGAAGAUUGAGAAGUAUUUUUCAUGGUAAUUACGCAGAAAUGAAGGAUUCCUCUGUCUACGUAGAAUACUUGUUUUCUAUCCAGCUACGUGGGACACUGUCGAAAUCUUUUCAGUAGCCAAUCCAAGCCAUUGCAAUAUUUUUCGAUUUUUUCUUUGGUAUUUCUGUUAUUAUUAGUUUUUUAUAAACCAUAUAUUAGACUAUCAUCUAUUUUAUUUUAUAAAUUUCUUUUAUUUCCUCUUCCUUUAAUCUUUUCAUAUGUUUAUGUUUCUUAAUCGUCUUGAUGCUUGUUCUCUUCAGAUUUAAAACUAGUUUUGAAAGACGGAUAGAAAUUUUUUUGUGGUAAUCAACAUCUAUGACUUAUAUCUUCUCACGUUUGUAACCUACUACAGAUUGAUUUCAGAAAAGCUAAUAUUCUUCAUUAAAAGCUUUUUAAUUUCAGUUUCUAGGAACGUACAAAGUUUAUUAUCAUCUGAUAUCUAAUAACUCAAUUAUAUAGAUACAAAAUAAUUAAAAAUUGUGAUCAGGAAUCUGUGAAAAUAUAUUUAUUAUCGUGAGCUAAUUUCGCCGGUUAUGUAACUCAAUGUUUCUAUAAAUCAUCAUUCAAGCACGAUUAAUAGAAAAUGUUAAAUUUGGUGUCGUGUUUUUAAUAAAGUUUGGUUUAAUUUCGAGAAAAUGAUUGAUUGGGUAUCAAUCGUACGUCAUUCUCAAAGACGCUUUUCAAACUAUAUGUACGGAGUGCCGAGUAAAGUUCGUAAACAUAGACAAAAGUUUAUAAAAAGAGAAGUGGCCAUAUCAGGUCCAAAUUGUAGAGGUAGUACUAGUUCCAAAGUACAUCACGAUUCGAAUUGCUCGUGCUGCUGGGCCGGAGAUAAAGUACAGAAAUCUCGCUAUGCAGAAGACGAGAUGCCGCCUCCCCCUUCGCCUCCUCAACAACAUCCGGCCGUUACUACGGUCAUUGCUCACGAAGGAAGCGGAAGGGUUUCGAGGCAAGGAUCUCUGGAUCGGGGUUCGUCGGGUCAUAUUAGAACUAGAGUGUCGAACGACAGAGAACAGCAGAUUGGGAAGGAUCACACGCAGAUAAUGGGAAAUGAUAGUUGGCAAGGAAACGAUAGCGAUCAGGCUCAUUCUCCUCUUCUUGGAUCUGGAGAUAAACCAGUGAACGGCGACGAUGAAUGGGAAUACGAAGAAAUUAUUCUUGAACGUGGUGGCGCCGGUCUCGGGUUUAGCAUCGCCGGAGGCACCGAUAAUCCUCAUAUCGGCGAUGACACCGCCAUCUACAUCACCAAGUUAAUACCUGGAGGAGCGGCAUCUAGCGAUGGUCGUUUAAAAGUCAAUGAUUCAAUUUUAUCGGUUAACGAUGUCCCCGUUGUUGAUGUUCCACACGCCGCCGCUGUGGAUGCACUUAAAAAAGCCGGAAACACAGUUAAAUUAUGUGUUCGGCGAAGACGACAACCACGAAAUAUGCGCUUAAUGGAAAUCGAAUUAGUCAAAGGAAACAAAGGUCUGGGAUUCAGUAUCGCCGGCGGAAUAGGCAACCAACAUAUCCCCGGUGAUAAUGGCAUUUACGUCACAAAAGUUAUGGACGGUGGCGCCGCGCAAGUUGACGGUCGAUUGUUAGUCGGAGAUAAGUUGGUAGCUGUCAGAGAUGCCGUGAAAGGAGAAGUGAAUCUAGAAAACGUUACUCACGAAGAUGCUGUAGCCACACUAAAAACGACGCAAGAUCGAGUCGUCCUCGUCGUAGCUAAACCAGAGAGUGCCUUUAAUGCUCCAGCAUCGGAUACGUCGUACUCACCACAACUGUCUACCAAAGUAUCACAUAGUUUCGCAGAUUCUGUACACUCUGUACAUUCGUCGAACUUGGCGUUACAUCACCCACCAUCUACACCACGAGCAAUCAGCGCUGAAGAUAUCACAAGAGACAUACGAACAGUUGUUCUACAAAAAGGAAAUUCUGGUCUGGGCUUCAACAUUGUAGGUGGAGAAGAUGGCGAAGGUAUCUUCAUAUCGUUCAUUUUAGCCGGCGGACCAGCUGAUUUGAGCGGAGAGUUGAGAAGAGGUGAUCAAAUCUUGAGCGUAAACGGGGUCAAUCUCAGAAAUGCCACGCACGAGGAAGCGGCGUUGGCACUCAAGGUAAAUAAUGGUACGAGUCAAACGGUAAGCGUAGUGGUUCAGUAUAGACCGGAAGAAUAUAACAGAUUCGAAGCCAAAAUUCAUGACCUCAAACAACAGAUGGCACACCCACUCACGGGAGGCACACUGCUCAGAACAUCACAAAAACGAUCUCUUUACGUUAGAGCCCUAUUUGACUAUGAUCCAAUGAAAGAUGACGGUCUACCAAGUAGAGGUUUAGCGUUUCAUUAUGGUGAUAUUUUACACGUGACUAAUGCUAGUGACGACGAAUGGUGGCAAGCCAGACGAGUACUUAAUACUGGAGAUGAACAGGGUAUGGGAAUAGUUCCAUCGAAAAGGAGAUGGGAAAGAAAACAGAGAGCUAGAGAUAGAUCAGUUAAAUUUCAGGGACAUUCGCCUAACAUACUCGAUAAGCAAUCAACGUUAGAUAGGAAAAAGAAAAAUUUCUCAUUUAGUAGAAAAUUCCCAUUUAUGAAAAGUAAAGAUGAUAAAUCUGAAGAUGGAUCAGACCAAGAACAACCCAAUUCCAACCACAUUAACUCCGUUAAUGAUAAUGAAAAAAAUCCUCAAUCUUUCAUGCUCUGUUAUACACAAGAAGAUGCUAACACAGAAGGUGAAAUAUUAUAUCGGGUCGAACUACCCUAUAUGGAAGAAAUAACUCUUAUUUAUUUGGAAGAUAAUGACGGUUUGGGGGAUUUUAGCAACGAAGAAAACGUUCUUUCAUAUGAACCGGUUCAACAGCUGCUUAUAAAUUAUACUCGGCCUGUUAUUGUACUUGGUCCUCUUAAAGAUCGUAUUAAUGACGAUUUGAUAUCAGAGUUUCCUGAUAAGUUUGGAAGUUGUGUACCACAUACAACAAGACCAAAACGAGAAUAUGAAGUUGAUGGAAGAGAUUAUCAUUUUGUUGCAUCUAGAGAACAAAUGGAGAGGGACAUUCAAAACCACCUAUUUAUCGAAGCUGGACAAUACAAUGAUAAUUUGUAUGGGACUUCUGUUGCUUCUGUACGAGAAGUUGCUGACAAGGGCAAGCACUGCAUUCUGGAUGUUAGCGGCAACGCGAUAAAGAGGCUACAGGUGGCGCAAUUGUACCCGAUUGCUAUUUUUGUUAAGCCGAAGUCAGUUGAAUCUAUAAUGGAGAUGAAUAAAAGGAUGACAGAAGAACAAGCUAAGAAAACUUUCGAGCGGGCAAUCAAAAUGGAGCAAGAAUUUGGCGAAUACUUCACAGCCGUUGUACAAGGUGAUACUCCCGAAGACAUUUAUAACCAAGUGAAGGAUGUAAUCAAAGAACAAUCGGGACCAAACAUUUGGGUACCCGCCAAAGAGAAACUGUGACCUUUGGCCCCCCCAAUUUGGAUGUUUCCAUCUCGUCCCCAUCGGCUACACUAAAAAACAACCCUUUUACCAAUAUCCAAUACCCCUCUCCCUAAAUUCGUAAAAAAUAAUUUUCAUGGUAUUUUUAAGGUAGCCAAAACUGUGUACUACUUUUUUGUUAAAAUAUCUAACGUUAAUAUAGAUUUGACGAAUUUUUAGUACUUAGUUUGGGUUAAUCCUAAAUAUAUAUCGUUGUUUUAUGAUUGAGAGACACUUAGAGCACUUUUGACAAUUAUAAGAUGUGCGGUGCCUGUAAACUGCGUGCUUGCGAUAAAAACAGCUCAGUUUUACUCAUUUGUUUGUUAUCUCGAAGAAUUUGGCAGAUGAAUAUCUGAAAAAUUUAUUUAUCUUUAGAACCGUAACAUAUUUACCAUAACAUUAUUAAAUAUUUAUUCACUUAAAAUGCCUAAACCAGUUAUGAUAUUAUUUUGAUAACAAUUGUGAAAGACUUUCUUUGGUUAUUUCUAAUAUUCCGUUCUAUAUUUUUACAGAGUGCUAUGUGCAAACAGAUGCUUUAGCCCCCUUUUUCUUUAUAUAUCUUUUUAUUUUUUUACUAUUGUUGAUUCUGUUAUUUUUUUUAUCAUUGAGUUCAUUCAAAUAGGAAUUAUUUUUUUUAUACAUUCACAGAAAAAAUGUGAACAUAAAAAAAUAUCUUUAUUGCCUAAGAGAUGAUCAAAUUACAUACACGGGGUAGGCACAGUGGGUCCAAAUUUCAAAAAACUUGACAAAACUGAAUUGUUCAAGUUAUCGAUCUGAAAUCCCUCAUUCGGUUGAUUUUUGAGGUCGCUGAUUACGAAUUCUAUGUCAACUUCACAAAAACUUACCCCCUAACAACCACCCAUUUUCCCAUACUUCAUGAAGUUAUCACUUCUAAGGUUUUCGGGGCUGUUGGCUACGAUUUUGAUGUCAAAUUUACAAAAACUCACCCACUUCACCCGCUAAUAGCCUAAUUCUAGCCCAUACAGCAGGACCUCUUCAAUCCAAACUCCAAAAAUUUUGCCCCCUAUAUAUCCAAUAUUACUUUUAGUCUGCGUUUGUUCUUCAUUCAGACUUUCAUCUGAAUCAGCAAAUCCCUGGUAGUUUUAUUCUUCCACGUUGAUGCAUUUUUCAGAACCAUGACAAUUUUUCUAUUGUCCAUAACGACUAAAAAAAUUUUCAGAUUCGUACUUUUUUCGUUUUUUUGCAUUUUCUAAAAAAAUUUUAUAUUGUAUAUUUUUUUUCAUACCUUCAGAAAGUAGACAUUUCAACGAACAAAACACCUACCAACUUUUUAGAAAAAUCGUGAGAUUUUUCGAUAGAAAAUUAGGAUGCUUUUUGGAUAUUAAGUCAAAAUAGGGUGAAAUAAUAAAUAUUUCAAUCAUCAGAAAAAUUACAGUGUGUUUAGAACAAGGAAUGGUAAAUUUUCAAUUUGGUGAAAAAAGACUUUCUAAAAGAUAUAAAUAAAAAACCAAAAAAAUGGUUUUAUCAAUUUUUCACAUAAAUUUUGAGGUUAUGUGAUAAAAGUGUAACAAGAUUAGUUGUAGAUCUUUUGAUUACCUUCAACUUAUAGUUUUGGUGAAAAUCAAAAAAAGCCAUAUUUUACCAUUAAAAACACACACUAAUAAGUUUCAUCCUAUUAUUUUUUUUUUGUUUCAAAAAUUAUCGACUAUUUCGGUUAUGAGGUAAUAUAUUUUUCAGAUAUUGAUUCUAUCGAAUUCUUCUGGAUUUUGUUAUUGACAAAUAUACAAAUAAAUAUUUAGGGUAAUAUUCUUAGUAGAAAUUACGGUUGAACCAAGAUACAUUGUGAAUCAUCCUCAAAAUCAUAAUAAAAAAUCGCAAUAUGAGAACUAAUUUUUAUUCACUUGUAUCUUAUAGCAAUCACUCAAUUUAAGCUUGUAUAGAUGUUUUCCGAGCCCCAAAAAUAAUUAUUAUUUGCACUUACAGUAUUCUGAGUGUUUCUUCCAAGAGUUCCUAGAACUGAAAUAUAUUUAUACUGAAUAGAUUACAGACACAAUAAUUAUUUAUAUUGCAAGGUAGUUGUGGCCCUUUCACUUUAUGGGAAUCGCCCUGAAAGAGAAAACAAGUAUCGAUUUCGAUUAAAAAAAUUUCUGAACAACAGAGUUGUAAAAAGGAUUUAAUGUGCAUAAAUAAUGUGGUUACAAUUAUAAAAAUAAAUUGGUAUUGCUCAUUUUCUUUUAGAAGAAACAUUCUGAUACUGGAUUUUAUAUAAGGAUCAUAUUUUUUUGAUUUCAUCAAGUUAUUUGCGACAUAUGUAAUAGGCGUUACAUCGACAUUUUAUUGUAAUUAUUUUUUGUUCAGUUUCACAUUUAGAAACUGUAUUUUGCUCAGUGAAGGAAAAACUCUAAUUAUCACUCAAUACUAUCACAGAUACAGCCAAAGAUUUGAAUCCGAUGACGAAUUAUUAGGAAAAAUGAGUUACUUGGUUAAAUUUGUCGUAAUAAAUUUAUUAUCUACAAAAAUCUUAGUGCAUGAGUAGGGAAAAAUUAAUUCGAAUUUAAGAUAGUCUAGAAAGCAGGAAUGAAGAAACUACAAGGAAAAAACAACAGACAGUUGGAAAUUAUAGAACUGUUCUGACAAAAAAAGUGAAGGAUGUCAUUUCAGCUACAAUAUUUAAUUUUGAAAAUUCUAAAUCUCACAGUCAUGUAUUUUCACAAUCUAAAUUUUUGGCAGUCAUGAUUGCAGGAAUGAAAAAACUACAAGUAAAAGAUAACAGACAUUUGGAGAUUAUAGAGCAUAUAGGGCAAAAGAAGUACAGGAUGAUAUUUUAGCUAAAAUAUUAAAUUUUCAAAAUUCUAAAUCUCACAGUCAUGUAUUUUCACAAGCUAAAUUAUUGGCAGUCAUGAUUGCAGGAAUGAAGAAACUACAAGGAAAAGACAACAGACAGUUGGAGAUUAUAGAGCUGCUCUGGCAAAAGAAGUACAGGAUGACAUUUUAGCUAAAAUAUUAAAUUUUCAAAGUUCUAAAUCUCACAGUCAUGUAUGUUCACAAGAUAAAUUAUUGGCAGUCAUGAAUGCAAGAAUAAAGAACGUACAAACAGUUGGAAGGUGAUAAAGCUGCGCUGGAAAAAGAAGUACAGGAUGACAUUUUAGCUAAAAUAUUUAAUUUUGAGAAUUCUAAAUCUCACAGUCAUGUAUUUUGACAAGUUAAAAACUACUCAACAUUGGAGUUGAUAGAGCUAUUAUUGCAAAAGACGAACAGGAUGAAAUUUUCGUCAAAUUUUGUUUUAUUUGAUAAAUUUUGAUGAAACGCCUGUUUUACAUUGUAAAAUUGGAAACACAACAUUUAUAGCAUGUAUGAUGUAGGUGCUAUUUUGCCAUUUUAAGUGUUCAUAACAGACAACAACCUGACAAAAGGUUUUUAUUCAGCGUACAAUCUGUUUGAUAUUAUUUCUACCGUCCAUAUCUUUUCCACCCUCAAAUCGAUCAAUACUCUUUCAGGGUGCGAAUAUUUUGCAGUGUAUAUCCUAUACAAAAACAUAUAACUUAUUAUAUGGGCAUUUUCUUGGACUUUGCCAAAUCCUUUGACACUGUUAAUCAGCAACAAUUAUAUGGGUGAUGUGACAGAUCUAUUGAAAAAAGAAUGAACUACGCGGAUUAUACAGUCAAUUUUUAAAAUACACUUCGUAGGAAAAAUUGAAGCAAACUGUUUUUUUGUUUUUUGUUUGAUUGAACAAUAUGGCAAAACUGUCAACAUAUCCUUUACAGGAAAAGUUAAAUAUCAACAUUUGAGACGGUAACACCACGGUAACGAAAUUAUUAAGGAUUUUAAUAUCCAAAACAAUCAAUCUGAAUGCAUUGCGGGUAUUAUCAAUAAAAAAAAGUGUGUUCAGGAUAUCCCUGCUUUUAACAACAAAGUCAUAGGGUGUUUUUAUUUUUUCUUUGCCCAUAAUUGAAUAGGUGAGUGAAUAAAUAAAUAAUUUAUGGAAACUUAAUUUAGUUUACAUAAAAUUUAAUACUUUUAAAAAGUGAAAAGAAAAAUAUGAUCCUCUGAUGAAUUGAAACAUUAGUAUAUUGGUAAUUUUUAACAAAUUUUAAAUAUAAUUGAGAAUAUAGUCAAAUUUUGAAACAUUUAUAAUAUGCAAUUGUUAUCUGACAUAGGUAGUUUUAUCAAUGUUUUUUGUAGUGUAUGUAUAUUUACAUUCUUUCGAUGAUGCGAAUAUUAUUAAUUUGAUUGAAAAAGAAAGUAAUUGAAAGAGACGGACGAUAAAUAGAAAUAAAUCAAUUGAAAAAAUAAUUGUAUAUACACAACUUUAUCUCUGUGUAGUAUAUUUGACAGGAAUCUGUUAUUAUCCAAAACAAGUUGUCACCUAACUUAUUUCAGUUAAUAAAAGAAGUUUUACUAAAA